AUGCCGACGUAUCGUAGCAUCAAUAUUGAGUUGCACUCGCAGUUCGACAUCAUCACGCUCCCAGAGUAUUACCCGCCGCCUUUCCUGCACCCGCUCGACUCGCCUCUCGAUCCACCUCUCGACGCCUCUCUCGAUGCCGCCCUCGAUGCAACCCUCAGACCCUCUCGAGACCCUUCUCCCAUCAUCCCACCCCUCAUAGACGACUUAACAUCAACAUGUUCCGUCCAUGUCCCCGCAAUGCCCGGAAGCCAGUUCUGGAUCUCGUACUCGGUAUCCCCGCCCGUGCCAGAGGGCCAUUAUUUCCUGUUCAAGAUGUAUGUCGACGGCGAGCAGGUGAUGAGCUGGAGCACAGGGCGCGAGAACGAUUGGAUGGGGAAAACUAUGUUUGGGUUGUUUGAGAGCGAGGGAGGCAGCAGUGGCAAGAGCAGGGUCGAGAAGAGGGUGCUUUGCUUCGGCGCGCUGGGUAGUGAGGGCGGGUGUGUUGAAAUUAGAGUGCACCGCGCAAGCGGAAGGGUGCGGGUCGAGAGGGAGAUGCAGGUGUUUGAGGAGACGAGGUUUGCAAAGGGCGAAGGGGGGAUUCGGCUUGUGAAUGCUGGACGCGCCGGUCCCGAGCAUCCCAAGCGGUUCUACAAGUUUGCGCUUAUCGAUCCGGUGGACCAGCCGUUUGCGACGUUUCGGUACUACUAUUACACUUGGAGACAGCUGGGCGAUCUUGGACUGCUGAACUUUAGUUACUAUCCACAGAGCGAAGAGAACGACAUGCCUGUCAUCGAGCCUGGUGAGGACGGCACGAACGAUUACAACGACGCAUAUGGUGCAACGACAGAGGAUGUUGUUCACACCGACUUGGGGGACGACCUGCUAGCCGAUAGCGACGGCAUUCCGAUCCACGACUGGGGUAAGACCGAGCAGACAACGCAAGAUGCCUACAAGUACACCUUCCAACCAUUCCACAGCACCUCUCAUCUUAGACGCUCAUCGCUACGCAGUGACAACAUCGCAUCGGGUACCUACGUACCACGCGGCGCCCCCGCAUCAGAAGUCUCGACUGGGAGCCCGCCGUCACGGCGCUGCCGCAGCCGCAGGGACCUUCAUCGCCUAUCCAUGCCACCCUCAAUCAGACUGGAAGCCCCAGAACCAGCACUACGGCCUCUGCCUGUCCCACAAAAGAACAGCGCCUCGCCAUCUACGGCCUAUCGUCCACAUCCCGCGUACCCCGUGGAAGAGUGGACUAUCAGGACUCCAUCUCCGGUGAGGACUAUUCGAGAAGAUAUUACCACACCACCGCUACAAAAGAAGAGAGGCCUGGGUAUUACGGGUGCAGGUCUGAUGGGUGUGAUUUCGUCGACGUGGAAGAGGACUGUUAGUGGUGCUCAGGCUCCUAGGAAGAGCAGAGUCGUUGAUGGACCCCGCAGUGUGUCGUGUUGA